AUGAAUACUACUACUACUACUACUAGUGUACUGCUUAUACUGGAUGGCUCAACUGGCAUUGUUAGCAAUGCCUUAAUUAAAGAAGGCACAGACUUUCCGAAGCAAAUCUGUGAAGAUCAAGGUGCACCAAACUGUGUCAAGUAUACUGGCUAUAUCCAGAGAGGCAUCAACAUUCUCUUCGUGGCAAUUGGAUUCGGCCAUGGAGCUGUGGCUGAAUCCUCGUCAAACGAACAAUCGUCCUUCGAGCCUGGAGCCGUCCGCCGAGACCUUGGCUCAGGGUUCAAUUAUUUUACACAAAGCCUGGGAUCUGCUCUCCAGGAAUCGGGCUUCAGCUAUGACUCCUUGGAUUUCAUUACUGUGCCUGGGUUGAAUUUUAAAAAGCGCGAUGUAGAGUCCUCCCUGGUGUCACGCUUGACUGCUCAAAACAUGAGGGCCGACGACGAGAGUAGCAGCAGCGCAUACACAUCGCGUUUAACUAAUACGAUAACGGAAACCUCAACUUUCCUCUCGCCGGCGACUUCGAGACUCUCCCGUGGGCCGAAGAUCUCGCAGCCACGGAUAAGUCAGUAG